AAGGGCAAAUUAGUCAGUUUGUGUCCAAAUGUUGGGGGGUAAAAGUAUAAUAAGUGCAGGGGUAUGGGUAUGUGGUAUAACUUCCCCCUAACCCUAUUCUAGUCUCCGUAUUCUUCUCUUCAGUUGCUCCUGCUCGUGAAAUCGCCGCAGGUAAGGUGAAAAAUGGUGAAGCAUAACAAUGUUAUCCCUAACGAACACUUCCGCAAGCAUUGGCAAAACUAUGUCAAGACAUGGUUUAACCAACCUGCAAGGAAGACAAGAAGACGCUUAGCUCGUCAGAAGAAGGCGGUGAAGAUUUUCCCAAGGCCUACUGCUGGACCUCUCAGGCCUAUUGUUCAUGGACAGACUCAGAAAUACAAUAUGAAACUAAGGGCUGGUAAAGGGUUCUCCCUUGAGGAGUUGAAGUCUGCAGGUAUUCCCAAAAAGCUUGCUCCAACUAUUGGCAUUUCUGUCGAUCAUCGCCGCAAGAACCGAUCAUUGGAAGGUCUGCAAGCCAACGUGCAGAGGCUGAAGACAUACAAGGCCAAGUUGGUUGUCUUCCCAAGACGUGCACGCAAGGUCAAGGCUGGUGAUUCCACUCCUGAGGAACUAGCAAAUGCUACACAGGUUCAAGGUUCAUACUUACCAAUUGUGAGGGAGAAGCCAUCUGUGGAGCUUGUUAAGAUUACAGAUGAAAUGAAGGCAUUUAAGGCUUAUUACAAGCUUCGUCUUGAGCGAACAAACAAACGCCAUUUGGGUGCCAGACUGAAGAGGGCUGCUGAGGCAGAGAAGGAAGACAAGAAGUGAAAACUUCAGGAAGUCUGAGUUCCUAAUUUACCCUUAUGAUAGUUCUUGCAAGACAAUUUUUGUUUGAGAUUUCGUUAAAAGAAUUUGCUUAGUCUAAGACAUAGAUCACCGUUGCUGUUAUUUUGUGAACUAUUGCUAUUCAAGUUUGUUGGUUUAACUAGCAUUCUUGUCAGAUUAGCAUGUUUUAUUUUUCAUGGGAUACUAUCAAGUCUUUUUCCAGACAAAAAUCUUGGAAGGGUUGGUAAUUUUGCUAGUAUUGUCAUAACUAGUAAUAGUGAAUUAUAUAUUGCUUAAUA